AUGUUGGCCCGAGAGCAAGAGGCUGGCAUUGGUACAGCUAGUGACCUAACUUGCUCUCGUGUUAAACAAAGUAAGAUUAGGCAUGCAAGAAAAUAUUUGAAUUGCCAUGAUCCAGCUCAUGUGCCUUCAGUACAGCGAUGUAUGGCAUUGAUAGCUUUUCCUGCUAGUACUGAUGUAAGUCCCUAUAAUGAGCUCCUGUCAGAUGUUCGAUGGGAUGAAUUGAUUGAACAGUUCAGGGCUGAAAAUCUCAAGUUGUAUCAACUGUCAUCACAGUCUGCAUUCUCGGUUGUAGUUCAGGCAGGACUCUCAGCACUCAAGACUCCUCACUGUUAUCGGGGUGCAACUGGUCAUAAUCCUGAUUGCCCUGUUUGUCAGCCUGCUUUGAAUGCUCUUGCUUCACCACUGCCAUUUGCACAUUGCUCGCAGUCCCGCUUAGUGUGCCAUAUUAGUGGAGAACAACUCAAUGAAAAUAAUCAACCUCUCAUGCUACCAAAUGGACAUGUGUAUGGACAGAAGGUAAAUUUUAAUGUUUUGUGUUUUUUCACAUUUAUACCUAAUAUUAACAUCAUUAUGGUAUACAGUCACCUCUCAGUUGAAGUGUUUAAUUAACGCACGUUCGAUUUAACGUGAGCUAGAAAAUAUUUUUAAAUGUUUCAAAAGCGUGAAAAUUUCGAUUUAACAUGAAUUGGUGCCCAAGCUUUGUUUUCAAAUCA